UCGAAGAACUGUGAAUGAAGUUGCGAAGGAAAAGACCCGAGCUUGCUUCUCGACGAAUUCUGUUAGAGUCCAGAAAAUUUUGGCAGUUUUUGGUGCUUUUCGAGGAUCUUACGAACAAAUGUAUUUGUUCUUUUUUCCUUUGUGAAAUUUGUGGUUCCGGUUGCCAUUUUCAUAGCCGAUUGCACAACGCUAAACAGAUCAAAGGCUGUCUCAGUCUAACUCAGAUCUAAAUUUGGUUAGGGAAUGAGCUGAGAAGGGUAAUUUUCGGUCCAUGCAUGAGCUCGGUAAAGGAUGAUUACCUAAUCGUGGACUAGGAGCUCAGUUUUCUGGAUUCUGAGAGAUGGCUCUGUCCAAUUCCCUACUCGAAGUUCAACUUCUGCAUUAUCCGAUUCUCAAUCCGAAACAACUGAAUCUCUGCUUCAAAGUCUGUUGUCUGAGCAAUAACUCGGGUUGUAAGAAACAGUCUUGUUUAGAACUGAAGAGAAAUAAUGCUCGGAGACGAAAUGGGUAUCCGUUGUUACGCUGCUACGGUUUGCAGAAUAGCGUGUGUAUGGACCAAGUCGACGAUGUUGAGGAUUAUGUCGAGGAUAAUGAAGAAGUCCACUUGCUUGGUCUCGGUAGAAACUGCAGAGCUAAACCGAAAUCAAGAAAGCAUGUUGGUUCUUUGUUUGAUGGAGCCUUUGUUGAGAACGACAAAGAAACAAACAACGAGAUCCUUCAGAAUUUGUGCGGAUUUGGUAAGUUAACAGAGGCAUGCAGACUCGUCGAGGUGAUGGCCCGUCUUAACCAGAUUCCUCAUUUUCCCUCUUGCACGAACUUAAUCCGUGGGCUUGCGAAAGUUGAUCAAGUGGAUAAAGCAAUGUCUGUCCUGAAAAUAAUGGUAAUGUCCGGUGGAAUUCCCGACACAAUUACAUAUAACAUAACGAUCGGAAAUCUUUGUAAGAAAGGGUAUCUAAGAUCGGCCUUAAUGCUAUUGGACGACAUGAGUUUGAGCGGGAGUCCUCCCGACGUGAUAACGUAUAAUACAAUCAUCCGGGCCAUGUUUGAUCGUGGGAAUGCCGAGCAAGGGAUUAGGUUUUGGAAGGAUCAGUUGAAGAAAGGUUGCCCUCCGUAUAUGAUUACCUACACAGUUUUGAUCGAGCUCAUUUGCAGGCAUUGUGGAAGUUCUCGGGCCAUGGAAGUGCUGGAGGAUAUCGCAAUGGAAGGUUGUUUUCCCGAUAUCGUUACGUUUAAUUCGUUGGUAAACUAUAACUGUAGGCAAGGAAAGUUAGCGGAAGCAGCUUUGGUCAUACGCUGUAUUAUUUCUCACGGGAUGGAACCGAAUACCAUUACUUACAACACUCUUCUACAUUCCCUUUGCUCUCACGGGUUUUGGGACGAAGUGGCCGAGAUUCUGACCAUCAUGUAUCAGACGUCGUAUCGCCCGACGGUCAUUACUUACAACAUUUUGAUGAACGGUUUGUGCAAAGCGGGGCUUUUGGAUCGUGCAAUCGAGUUCUUCUACCAGAUGCUGUCACGGAAUUGUUCGCCUGACAUCGUAACCUACAAUACACUUCUUGGAGCUAUGUCCCGAGCGGGAAUGAUCGAGGAAGCGAUUCAGUUGCUCGGGUUUCUUAGCAACACAAGCUGUCCGCCGGUUCUGAUCACUUACAACACGAUAAUCGACGGGCUUGCUAGAAAGGGUCUCGUAGAGAAAGCUCUGAAGAUUUACCACCAGAUGCUGGAGUAUGGAAUCACUCCCGAUGAUAUAACCCGUCGUUCUUUGAUUUACGGGUUGUGCCGGGCGAACCUAGUUGAGAAGGGUGCGGAAGUGAUGAAGGAGAUCAGCAAGAGAGAACACGGAAUCAGAGUUAGCGCUUACAAGAUGGCGAUUCUCGGGUUGUGCAGGAAAAAUGAGAUCGAUAUGGCGAUCCAGUUUCUGGAGGUGAUGCUAACGGGCGGAUGCAAACCAGACGAGACGAUAUAUUCGACGUUGAUAGAAGGCGUGGCUGAAGCCGGCAUGGAAGACGAAGCAGAGGAGUUGCAGAAGAAGCUGAAACAAUGGAGAAUCCCUUAGAGAAAACGCAGUGACAUAUUAAUAACCAGCUUCUGCUUAUCCAAUCGAAGGAUGAAAAGCCUUUUGUCCUUCGCUCGUUCUCGUGUACAGGAAAACAGUUUUGUAGGCCGAUGAUGUUUUUAUUUUCCCCGAGAUUUCCUAUGUCUUGUUUUUUUUUUGGUCCGAAAGCAUACUGGGUUCCAGUGUUGUCCUUGUCACAUUUCUUGGAGUUGUCCAUAUCAAAAUUCACCUUUUUCUUUCGUUU